AUGAUCAUAAUAUGGAUCAUUUCUACAGUGUUAUUCUGUCUCACUGCCGGUUAUCGGAAAUUAUCAGUAGCAAUAGUGAUUACAGUCUUCGUAAGUAUGUCGGCGUGUGGAUUAGGACUGGAAUUAGAAGCAAGGCGGAGAAAACUAUGGAUUCUAAUGCUUAUAUCAGCUAUUGCACUCAUAGUAUGCGGAAUUUGUUUAGUUAAGUUUUGUAAUAAUUUGUUUUGCACAGUAAUAGCUGACUUUUUUGUUACCUGUGCUGCAGCUAUGAUAAUAUUUCUUACAACCUACGCAGGAAAAAUGCGUCUACAUACACAAUAUCCUCGACUGCUGUUUUGGACAGCUUUAAUUGCUGCUGAAAUUGCAUCUCUCUUUGGUUUUAUUGCUUUCAACUGAAAUGAAUUGGAAAAACUGGCCAAGCAACUAUUACUGAUAAUGGUAAUCCUGUAACUGAUCUGGAACAAUUAUUCGUUUAGUAUACUUUACUCACUUUGUAUGACCUUAUUGUAGCAACUAUAGUUCAUCUUAAAUUUUAAUUUUUCUAUUAUUUUUUUUCAAUGAAUUUAAG